AUGGCUCUGCAGGAUGUGUGCAAGUGGCAGGCCCCUGACACCCAGGCACCAUCCCCUCACCUGCCUCAGGCUGGUGGCUGGGCUGUGCCCCGAGGCUGUGACCCUCAAGCUUUCCUGCAGAGCCAUGGCCCUAGGCUGGCCCACGGCACUACCACCCUGGCCUUCCGCUUCUGCCACGGUGUCAUCGCGGCAGCCGACUGUGGCAGCUACGUGGCCUGUCCAGCCUCGCGCAAGGUCAUCCCUGUGCACCGGCACCUCCUGGGGACCACCUCUGGCACCUCUGCCGACUGUGCCACGUGGUACCGGGUGCUGCAGCGGGAACUGCGGCUUCGGGCGCUGCGGGAAGGUCAGCUGCCCAGUGUAGCCAGCGCCGCCAAGCUCUUGUCGGCCAUGAUGUCCCGCUAUCGGGGGCUGGACCUGUGUGUGGCCACGGCCCUGUGCGGCUGGGACCGCUCUGGCCCUGCCCUCUUCUAUGUCUACAGCGACGGCACCCGCCUGCAGGGGGACAUCUUCUCCGUGGGCUCUGGCUCCCCCUACGCCUAUGGCGUGCUGGACCGCGGCUACCGCUACGACAUGACCACGCAGGAAGCCUACGCCCUGGCUCGCCGCGCCGUGGCCCACGCCACCCACCGCGAUGCCUACUCAGGGGGUUCCGUAGACCUUUUCCACGUGCGGGAGAGUGGAUGGGAGUACGUGUCACGCGGCGAUGCCUGUGUGCUGUACGCGGAGCUGCGGAAGCUCCCAGAGCCGGAGCAGCAGGAGGAGGCCAGCCAGGCCCGCCCGGAGCCGCCAGGCUCCCGCUCCCGUUCUGGGGAGCUGGGGAAGGAGAACUCCCUGCCCGGCGUGGGAGUUGACACCAGGAGACUCCAGGAUGCCAGCAGAGACUGA